UUAUCCAGCUAUCCUUGAAAUGAAAUUGGAAAAUCACAACAUUCAAUUGGGAGAUAUAACACACCAUAAUGUAAAACUUUUAAAGCUAGUUAAUCAAGUUGUCUUUCCGGUUUCUUAUAAUGAAAAAUUUUAUAAAGAUGUUCUAGAAGUGGGUGAUUUAGCCAAAUUAGUUUAUUUCAAUGAUAUAGUCGUGGGAGGAGUAUGCUGCAGAAUCGAUACUAUAGAUGGCAAAACUAAGCUUUAUAUUAUGACCUUAGGUUGUUUAGCUCCUUAUCGAAAUCUUGGAAUAGGAUCUCAUAUGCUCAAUCAUGUAUUUCAUAUUUGUGAAAAAGAUAAUAGAAUUGAUACAAUAUAUUUACAUGUACAAAUAAGCAACGAAGUGGCCAUAAAGUUUUACCAAAAAUUCGGUUUCGAAAUUAAAGAUAUCAAGGAACAAUAUUACAAAAGGAUCGAACCUCCUGAUGCUUAUAUUUUAGAAAAAAAAUUAAAAACCGCUAAUUCAUUAUCGCCAAGUUCGAAGUCAAAUGCCAUAAAAGAGAAGCCAUAAUAAAUUAACCCAAAUUACGUGUAAAGAUUUAAACUACGAAACAAUUAACGAAAUUAAGCCUUAUUGUUUUUGAAUAAAUUGUAAUUUUAAAUAAAAUUAUAUAUUUCGUAAUGAAUAUUUAUACUCGUAACGCCAUUGUGAAUCUAAUUAUAAAUUUGACAAAUCAUAUUUUUUGAAAACGAAAGCCCCGCUUAUGUGAAGAAUUAAUUUAUGGGACUCCUCAAAACGCUAAAUGCGAUAAAAAUAUUAAGGGUUAUAUUGUACACUGUAUAUUUUACUUCUUUUUUGCAAUAAGAAAGAGUUCGCUAAACCAUUUAUGGAAACACGCAUUCUUAAAAUUAUUAAACAUGUAUUAAUUGUUAUCGUAUCUAUUGUCUAGAAAUUAUUUAACCCUUUCUCACCCGAUUUUUCAUUAGUAUUUUAAUUUUAUAUGCAUUAAAAAUGACCAUUGAUAACUUCUGAAUUUUUAAUAUUUGCUGUUUCGUAUUUUGUUAUUAACUCGCUUUGAUUUGUAUGUUAUCUUACGUACUGUUUUCGCGCCAAAAUUUUAAUUCAUAUUUCUGAUUAUCAAA